GUAUCUAGUCUAUCGGAAUUGAAUUAGAACCCUGUAGUAUUCUUGUUUUGCAGUUGAGCUAAUACCUGCCAAGGAGUUUGUAGGGUUAUUUCCAUUAAACAUUUUGAGUUUGCUUUGUAAAAAUAAUGCUUGUUUCCGCUCUUUUAACUUCUGUGGGAAUCAAUCUUGGCACUUGUAUUUUAUUUUUCACAUUAUAUUCUAUAUUGAGGAAGCAGCCAGGAAACAUCUAUGUUUAUGCACCUCGCUUGAUAGCUGAAGGAAAAUCUCAGCUUAGUGAUGAUUUCAACUUAGAGAGGUUGUUGCCUUCUGCUGGUUGGGUGCAAAGGGCAUGGCAGCCUUCCGAAGAGGACCUCUUGUCCGCAGCAGGAUUGGAUGGAGUGGUUCUGAUGCGUAUCUUCAUCUUCAGUUUGAGAGUAUUUUCUUUUGCUGUGAUUGUCGGGAUCGGCAUUCUUCUUCCAGUGAACUAUUUGGGUAAUCAGCUAAGUAUUGAUUUUUCUGAUCUGCCAAAUAAAUCUCUGGACAUCUUCAGCAUUUCAAAUGUUGACAAUGGGUCAAAAAGGCUGUGGAUUCAUUUCAGUGCGGUAUAUGUUUUCACUGGAGUUGUCUGCUAUCUUCUUUAUUAUGAAUAUAAACAUAUAUCUUCAAAGAGAAUUACUUAUUUUUAUGCCUCCAAACCUCAGCCACAUCAGUUCACCCUUUUAGUUCGUGGUAUCCCUUUAUCUGCUGGGAAAAGUUUCAAUGACAGUGUUGAGAGCUUUUUUACGGAGUUUCACCCUUCUACCUAUCUAUCACAUAUAAUGGUUCGCCAAACAAACAAGCUUCAAAAUCUUAUUAGGGACGAACAGAAGUUGUAUAAAAGGCUUGUCAACUUAAAAUCAAAAAAUCCUGCUCAAAAGAAGUAUACACGUGAUGGCUUCUUAGGACUGUUUGGACGGAGGGUUGAUAUAGUUGAUCACCAUGAGAAGAAGUUAGAAGAUCUGCAAGAGAACGUCAGAAGGGAGCAAUUAGGUGUUUCAUUGACUGGGGAGGAAGUCCCUGCUGCUUUUGUGUCCUUCAAAUCCCGGUAUGGUUCUGCUGUUGCUCUCCACAUCCAACAAUCAACCAAUCCCACAGAAUGGAUCACAGAGCAAGCACCAGAGCCUCAUGAUGUUUACUGGCCUUUCUUUUCUGCUUCGUUUAUACAAAGAUGGGUUUCCAAGCUGGUGGUUUUUGUUGCUUGUUUCAUCCUUACAGUUCUAUUCCUUAUUCCUGUUGUAUUUGUACAAGGUCUUACUAAUUUGAAGCAGUUGGAAGCCUAUUUGCCUUUUCUGACAGGAAUACUGGCUAUAACAUUUGUCAGUGAAAUAAUCACAGGAUAUCUUCCCAGCCUCAUUCUUCAGUUGUUUUUGACAAUGGUGCCUCCCAUCAUGAAGAUGCUUUCAUCCAUUCAAGGGUAUACCUCCAAUAGUGGGAUAUUAAGAAGUGCAUGUACAAAAGUACUUUGGUUUACUAUAUGGAACAUUUUCUUUGCAAAUGUACUGUCUGGGUCAGCUUUCUCUCAAUUUUUUUCUCUUGUUCUUGAGCCAAAGAACAUCCCAGCAAAGCUGGCUGCAGCUGUUCCAGCACAGGCCUCGUUUUUCAUUGCCUAUGUUGUCACAUCUGGAUGGAGCAGUGUAUCAUCAGAACUCUUCCGCAUGAUUCCUCUCAUUUGUGAUUUCAUACGAAGACAUUGUUCCAGCAGUACUUAUGAUGAAUUUGAGGUUCCAUCUAUUCCUUACCAUAGUGAAAUACCCAAAAUUCUCUUUUUUGGGCUGCUUGGCAUUACAUACUUCUUUCUAGCUCCAUUAAUUCUGCCCUUCCUCUUGGCUUACUACUGUAUUGGAUAUAUUAUCUUCCGUAACCAGUUAUUAAAUGUAUAUGAGCCCAAGUUUGAAACUGGUGGAAAAUUCUGGCCUAUUGUGCACACCUCAACUAUAUUUUCUCUAAUACUGAUGCACAUCCUUGCAUUUGGUUUAUUUGGGCUGAAGAAGCUUCCUUUAGCAUCUAGCUUAUGUAUUCCUCUUCCAAUUGUCACUCUCCUUUUCAAUGAUUAUUGCCAGAAACGGUUCUUACCCAUCUUCGCAGAUUAUCCUGCUGAGUGUUUGAUAAAGAAAGACAGAGAAGACCAGAAUGAUCCUGCAAUGACUGAAUUUCUUGAAAAUCUGGUCACUGCUUACGGGGACCCAUCUAUGAUGCUGAUGCAGCAUUCCAGUAAUGAUGAUGGGUAUGCCUCUCCCCUCCUUCAGUCUAGAGAAGUUUGAAGGUAGUGGGAGGGACUUUCAACCUUACAGAAGGCAUGAUGGUUUUGGCAUGUUGUUAAAAAAAAGGAUGGUCUGGGUUUUGUGUCCCAGAUGAAGAUUAGUGAAA